AUGGUGGAGACUCUGAGUAUCGCGGUCAUAGGCGCUCCCGGAGUGGGCAAAACUUCUAUAAUCCGCCAGUUCAUCUAUAACGACUUCUCAGAGGUGUACACGCCGACCAGGAGCAGAUACGUGUACAGACCCUCCGUCAUCCUCAACGGGAACAUGUAUGAGCUGAAGGUUCUGGACGUCCCGCCAAUCUCCUCUUUUCCAUCCAGCUCCAGCCAGGAGUGGCUGGACCUGCGCUGCAGAGGCGUCCGCAACGCCAACGCCUACAUCCUGGUGUACGACAUCUGCUGCGUGGAGAGCUUUGAAUACGUCAAGAUGAUCCGACAGCAGAUAGUGGAGCACAGGUACAGCAGCAGCAGUGAGGUGCCAAUCCUGGUGGUGGGCAACAAAAGAGAUCUGCAGCGGCAGCGCUUCAUGCCUCGCAGGGCAGUUUCCGUCCUGGUGAAGAAAACCUGGAAGUGCGGUUAUGUCGAGUGCUCUGCCAAGUUCAACUGGCACGUCGUGCUGCUCUUCAAAGAGCUGCUGGGCAUCGCAGUGGCACGGGGCACGCGCCACAACCACACCUCCAUCCGUCUGCAGGGGGCACUACAGAGGAAUCGCUGCACCAUCAUGUGACCCCAAGAGUUCCCUCCACCCCCUAUCACCUCAGGAGUGGAGCAGUAGUGGAGAAAGAGGACUUUUUAUCAAAAUGGCUGGAUAAACCUACCCCGUGGCCUCCUGCUUUACUGAGCUGAUUUUUUAAAAUGAGGUUUAUUAGAUAAUUGCGCUGUAAAAGACACUUAAAUUCACACAUGGUCAUCCAACCACUUCCUCGUCAAAUUCUGCCUAAAUGUGUAAAUGCAAGGAGAGAAGUGUGAGAGGGAGUAGGUGAAAACCAAUACAUUCCGCACAGCACAGUUCUUUUUUCUCUCACAUUAACGAGCCAGUUAGGCAUUUGAGGCUGUGCUGCCCAAAAAACGAUGCAGCAGGUCUCAAUGCCUGUUUUCUUGUGACUGUAGCAGGGCCUGAAAUGAUGGAAGCUGUGUUUGUGAGAUUAAAAAUGGAGAGGCAGCAAUAUCAUCGAGUCUUCCUUUGAAUCAACAGCAGACGCUGAUAGCUGACAUGUUUAGGAUCGACAAAAUAGCAAAAAAAUAUUAAUCUGUGGGGAGAUUAUAUCUGGAAAUGUACAAAUAUGAUUAGAUGGUGUUUAAAUUUAGAUUGAUAGAAGUAGCCAAUGUUUUUUCUUCUUUUCCUGUCCCCAUUCCAAACCUGGCCCAUGGGCAAAUGCGGAUUGUGCAGACGAAGGGUAUUUUAAGGUUGUCUUGCAGCAGAAAAAUACUGCAGUCCCUUAUCAUGAUGUACUGUUGGACUUUUAAUCUGCUCCCUCCCCUCACUCAGUGUCUGUUUCUGAUGAAUAUAUUAAAUCCAGAGAACCAGCAGGAGGCUGCAGAGCCUGACACGAGAACCCUUGCAUGCAAUGUUGAUCUGUGUGAGUGUGCGUGGUACAGAG